CCGUCAGUAUCUCUUCCUGUAGACAUGGCCCCUGGACAUGGACAUGGACAUGGACAUGGCCAUCAUAAAAUGGAACUUCCAGAUUAUAGACAGUGGAAGAUAGAAGGGACACCAUUAGAAAUUGUCCAGGAGAAGCUGGCUGCACAGGGGCUAAGAGAUCCACGGGGCCGCAAUGAAGCUUGGAGAUACAUGGGUGGAUUGGCAAACAAUGUUUCCUUUCUUGGUGCAAUAUUAAAAGGAUUCAAAUGGGGAUUUGCUGCCUUCGUGAUAGCUGCAGUUUCUGAGUAUUUCCUGGAGUCCCAGCUUAAAGAUAAGAAGGAUCACUGA